GCCGAGCCGCGCUCGCCGCACUCGGGCAGCGGCUGCGGAGGCGAUGAGAGGCCGGAGGGGCUGAGCCGAGCCGAGCCGCGCCGCGCCGGGGGAGGCGGAGGGGCUGCGGGCAGCGGCGGCCGCCCGGCCCCGGAUUUCCAUGGUGCCGGGGGCCGCCUGCGUCCCCCCGCCCUGAGCCGGGAGGAGGGCGGCAGCGGAGCGGCGAGGGCUGGGCACACGGGAUCUAAUCCUUCGCUCUGGGUGGUUCUUCUCUCCACAGAACCAUGUGAGGGACAUUGCCGGGGCUCAGGACACGCGCGGGGGACACGGAGCUUGCCUUUCCCAGGAUGGAUCAGAGGAGGAGCUGGCCUCGGGUACUGGACUCUGACGGCUGCUCAGUGGCUCUGCUCUGCCUCUUCCUGGCAUCGCUCUCCCGGAACGUGUCCAGCAAUGCCUUGUUCAACACUUUCCACUCGGAGAACCGGGACUGGACGUUCAACCACCUGACGGUGCACCGGGGCACCGGCGCCGUCUACGUGGGGGCCAUCAACAGGGUGUACAAGCUUUCGGGGAACCUGACCAUUCUGGUGGCUCACAAAACCGGCCCCGAGGAGGACAACAAGUCCUGCUACCCUCCCCUCAUCGUGCAGCCCUGCAGCGAGGUCCUCACGCUCACCAACAACGUCAACAAGCUGCUCAUCAUCGACUACUCCGAGAACCGGCUGCUGGCCUGCGGCAGCCUCUACCAGGGCGUCUGCAAGCUGCUGCGCCUCGACGACCUCUUCAUCCUGGUGGAGCCCUCGCACAAGAAGGAGCAUUACCUCUCCAGCGUCAACAAAACGGGCACCAUGUACGGGGUGAUCGUGCGCUCCGAGGGCGAGGAUGGGAAGCUCUUCAUCGGCACGGCGGUGGAUGGCAAGCAGGAUUACUUCCCCACCCUGUCCAGCCGCAAGCUGCCCCGGGACCCGGAGUCGUCGGCGAUGUUGGAUUACGAGCUCCACAGUGACUUUGUCUCGUCCCUCAUCAAAAUCCCCUCGGACACGCUGGCCCUGGUGUCGCACUUUGACAUUUUUUACAUCUACGGCUUCGCCAGCGGUAACUUCGUCUAUUUUCUGACGGUGCAGCCCGAGACCCCCGAGGGCGUCUCCAUCAACUCCGCCAGCGACCUCUUCUACACCUCGCGCAUCGUCCGCCUGUGCAAGGACGACCCCAAGUUCCACUCGUACGUGUCCCUGCCCUUCGGCUGCGUCAAGGGCGACACGGAGUACCGGCUGCUGCAGGCUGCCUACCUGUCCAAGCCGGGCCAGGUGCUGGCCAGGGCCCUCAACAUCACGGCGCAGGAGGACGUGCUCUUUGCCAUCUUCUCCAAGGGGCAGAAGCAGUACCACCACCCGCCCGACGACUCGGCGCUCUGCGCCUUCCCCAUCCGCACCGUCAACGCCCACAUCAAGGAGCGCCUGCAGUCCUGCUACCAGGGCGAGGGCAACCUGGAGCUCAACUGGCUGCUGGGCAAGGAUGUCCAGUGCACCAAAGCGCCAGUCCCCAUCGAUGACAACUUCUGUGGGCUGGACAUCAACCAGCCCCUGGGGGGCUCGGUGCCCGUGGAGGGGGUGACGCUCUUCACCUCCAGCCGCGACCGCAUGACCUCCGUGGCUUCCUACGUCUACAACGGCUACAGCGUGGUCUUCGUGGGCACCAAGACGGGCAGGCUGAAGAAGAUCCGGGCGGACGGGCCGCCCCAGGGCGGGAUCCAGUACGAGGUGGUGCCGGUGUUCAAGGACGGCAGCCCGGUGCUGCGGGACAUGGCCUUCUCCAGCGACCACAAGUACCUGUACGUCAUGUCAGAGCGCCAGGUGUCCCGGGUGCCCGUGGAGUCCUGUGAGCAGUACACGACCUGCCAGGAGUGCCUGAGCUCGGGGGACCCCCACUGCGGCUGGUGCUCCCUGCACCACAUGUGCUCCCCGAGGGACCGCUGCGAGCGCGCAGAGGAGCCGUUCCGCUUCGCAGGGAGCAUCGCGCAGUGCCUGAGCGUGGCCGUGCAGCCCAGCAGCAUCUCCGUGUCCGAGCACAGCCUCCCGCUCAGCCUGCGGGUGAGCGACGCCCCAGACCUGAGUGCCGGGGUCAGCUGCCUCUUCGGGAACCUCAGCGAGGUGCAGGGCCAGGUGUCGGGCAGCCAGGUGGUUUGUGUGUCACCGCCAGCCAAAGAUGUCCCCGCCAUCCCCGUGGAUCAGGACUGGUUCGGUGUCGUGCUCCAGCUGAAGUCCCGGGAGACGGGCAGGACCUUCGUCAGCACCGAGUUCAAGUUCUACAACUGCAGCGCCCACCAGCUGUGCCUGUCCUGUGUGAACAGUGCCUUCCGCUGCCACUGGUGCAAGUACCGCAACCUGUGCACCCACGACCCCACCACCUGCUCCUUCCAGGAGGGGAGGAUCAACGUCUCCGAGGACUGCCCCCAGCUGUUCCCCACGGAGGAGAUCCUGAUCCCGGUGGGAGAGGUGAAGCCCAUCACGCUGAAGGCCAGGAACCUGCCGCAGCCCCAGUCGGGCCAGAGGGGCUACGAGUGCGUGCUCAGCAUCCAGGGCAUCGUGCACAGGGUGCCCGCCCUGCGCUUCAACAGCUCCAGCGUGCAGUGCCAGAACAGCUCGUACCUCUAUGAUGGGAUGGACAUCAGCAACCUGGCAGUGGACUUUGCCGUGGUUUGGAACGGGAACUUCGUCAUUGACAACCCGGAGAACCUGAAAGUGCACCUGUACAAGUGCGCGGCGCAGCGCGAGAGCUGCGGGCUGUGCCUCAAGGCCGACCCCAAGUUCGAGUGCGGCUGGUGCAGCGGCGAGGCCAAGUGCACCCUGCGGCCCCACUGCGGCUCCCCCGGCGCCCUGCCCUGGCUCGACUGGUCCAGCCACAACGUCAAGUGCUCCAACCCGCGCAUCACCGAGAUCCUGACGGUGUCAGGGCCCCCGGAAGGAGGAACCAGGGUGACAAUCCGAGGCGUGAACCUGGGCCUGGACUUCUCGGAGAUCGCGCAGGGCGUGCAGGUGGCCGGGGUGCAGUGCACGCCCCUGCCCGAGCACUACAUCGUGGCCGAGCAGAUCGUCUGUGAAAUGGGGCAGGCGCUUCCAGGGAUCAGCUCCGGCCCAGUGCUCCUGUGCAUCGGGGAGUGCAAGCCCGAGUUCACGGCCAAGUCAGCGCAGCAGUACAUGUUCGUGACCCCAGCUGUGAGUUUCCUGAGCCCCAGCCGUGGCCCGGAGUCGGGAGGGACCAUGGUGACCAUCUCUGGCCACUACCUCGGGGCUGGCAGCCGCGUGUCCGUGCUCCUGGGGAACCAGACCUGCGAAUUCCUCGAGCGAUCCAUGAACGAGAUCGUUUGCGUGUCAGCGCCCUCAGCCCACGGCCUGGGGGCUGUUCAGGUCUCUGUCAGCGUGGACAGGGCUCAGCUGGAGAGAACUUUGCUGUUUGAGUACAUCGACGACCCCAAGGUGCAGCACAUCGAGCCCGAGUGGAGCAUCGCCAGCGGACACACGCCCCUGACUGUCACUGGCUCCAACCUGGACGUGAUCCAGGAGCCCCGGAUCCGCGUCAAGCACAACGGCAAGGAGUUCGUCAACGUGUGCAAGGUGGUGAAUGCCACGGCCCUGGCCUGCCUGGCGCCGCCGCUGACCGCCGAGUACCGGCCGGGGCUGGACGCCGUGGAGCGCCCGGACGAGUUCGGCUUCAUCUUCAACAACGUCCAGUCCCUGCUGCUCUACAACGACACCAAGUUCAUCUACUACCCCAACCCCACCUUUGAAAUGCUGAGCUCCACCGGGGUGCUGGAGCAGAAGCCGGGCUCUCCCAUCAUCCUGAAGGGCAGGAACCUGUGCCCGCCCGCCCCGGGAGGAGCCAAGCUCAACUACACGGUGCUGAUCGGGGAGACGCCCUGUGCCGUCACCGUGUCCGAGACACAGCUGCUGUGCGAGCCCCCCACCCUCACCGGGCAGCACAAAGUGGUGGUGCGUGUUGGGGGGGUCAUCUUCUCCCCCGGCUCGGUGAGCAUCGUGUCCGACAGCCUGCUGACCCUGCCCGCCAUCGUCAGCAUCGCGGCCGGCGGCUCGCUGCUCCUCAUCAUCGUCAUCAUCGUCCUCAUCGCCUACAAGCGCAAGUCCCGCGAGAACGACCUCACCCUCAAGAGGCUGCAGAUGCAGAUGGACAACCUGGAGUCCCGGGUGGCCCUGGAGUGCAAGGAGGCUUUUGCAGAGCUGCAGACGGACAUCAACGAGCUGACCAGCGACCUGGACCGCUCGGGGAUCCCCUACCUGGACUACCGCACCUACGCCAUGCGCGUGCUCUUCCCGGGCAUCGAGGACCACCCUGUCCUGCGGGAGCUGGAGGUGCAGGGCAACGGGCAGCAGAGCGUGGAGAAGGCCCUGAAGCUCUUUGCCCAGCUGAUCAACAACAAGGUGUUCCUGCUGUCCUUCAUCCGCACGCUGGAGUCGCAGCGCAGCUUCUCCAUGCGCGACCGCGGCAACGUGGCCUCGCUGAUCAUGACGGUGCUGCAGAGCAAGCUGGAGUACGCCACCGACGUCCUCAAGCAGCUGCUCUCCGACCUCAUCGAGAAGAACCUGGAGAACAAGAACCACCCCAAGCUGCUCCUGCGCAGGACCGAGUCGGUGGCCGAGAAGAUGCUGACCAACUGGUUUGCCUUCCUGCUCCACAGGUUCCUCAAGGAAUGUGCUGGAGAGCCCCUGUUCAUGCUCUACUGUGCCAUCAAGCAGCAGAUGGAGAAGGGCCCCAUCGAUGCCAUCACGGGAGAGGCGCGCUACUCCCUGAGCGAGGACAAGCUCAUCCGGCAGCAGAUCGAGUACAAGACCCUGAUCCUGAACUGUGUGAACCCAGACAACGAGAACAGCCCAGAGAUCCCCGUGAAGGUGCUGAACUGCGACACCAUCACCCAAGUCAAGGAGAAGAUCCUGGAUGCCGUGUACAAAAAUGUGCCCUACUCCCAACGACCGAGAGCUGUGGACAUGGAUUUGGAGUGGCGGCAGGGCCGGAUCGCCCGCGUGGUGCUGCAGGAUGAAGACAUCACCACCAAGAUCGAGGGGGACUGGAAGCGCCUGAACACCCUGGUGCACUACCAGGUGUCAGACCGCUCCGUGGUGGCUCUGGUCCCCAAGCAAACCUCCUCCUACAACAUCCCUGCCUCUGCCAGCAUCUCCCGGACAUCCAUCAGCAGAUAUGACUCCACGUUCCGCUACACGGGCAGCCCCGACAGCCUCCGCUCGCGCGCGCCCAUGAUCACCCCCGACCUGGAGAGCGGCGUCAAGGUCUGGCACCUGGUCAAGAACCACGACCACGGCGACCAGAAGGAAGGGGACAGGGGCAGCAAGAUGGUCUCUGAGAUCUACCUGACCAGGCUCCUGGCUACAAAGGGCACGCUGCAGAAGUUCGUGGACGACCUUUUUGAGACGCUGUUCAGCACGGUGCACCGCGGCAGCGCCCUGCCCCUCGCCAUCAAGUACAUGUUCGACUUCCUGGACGAGCAGGCGGACAAGCACGGCAUCCACGACACCGACGUCCGCCACACCUGGAAGAGCAACUGCCUUCCCCUCCGCUUCUGGGUGAACGUGAUCAAAAACCCGCAGUUCGUGUUCGACAUCCACAAGGGCAGCAUCACGGACGCCUGCCUGUCCGUGGUGGCUCAGACCUUCAUGGAUUCCUGCUCCACCUCGGAGCACCGCCUGGGCAAGGACUCCCCCUCCAACAAGCUGCUGUACGCCAAGGACAUCCCCAGCUACAAGAGCUGGGUGGAGAGGUAUUACGCGGACAUCGCCAAGCUCCCGGCCAUCAGCGACCAGGACAUGAACGCCUACCUCGCCGAGCAGUCGCGCCUGCACGCCGUGGAGUUCAACAUGCUGAGCGCGCUCAACGAGAUCUACUCCUACGUCAGCAAGUACAGCGAGGAGCUCAUUGGCGCUCUGGAGCAGGAUGAGCAGGCUCGGAGGCAGCGCUUGGCUUACAAAGUAGAGCAACUCAUUGGGGCCAUGUCCUUCGAGAGCUGAAGGAAGGUCACGGGCAGCAAAGGGCAGAGGAUCGCACGGACUCUCGGGAAUUUGGAGGGAGAACAAGCAAGGAAGGCACUGGACACACCCCCAAGGCUCUUCUGGAGAGAGCAGAGCCUGGCUCAAGGACUGGCUGUGUUCAAAAAUCAUACAGGAUCCAGUUUGAAAGGGCAGGAAGGGAAGAAGAUGAAACAUCUCAAUCCAAGUCCAAGCAAGGUGGAUCAUUUUUUUCAAGUGUACGCGGAAAGAAGGAACCUGGAAAGUCUGGAUGUCUCCACGACUGCUGCUUUGCAUGAAAAUUGUUUAAUGUAUAUUGGAAAAUAAAACUUUAUUUAAAGGGGGUUUUUUGUAAAAAAAAAAAAAAAAAAAAAAGAAAAAGAAAAAAAAAAUAAAUAGAGCAAAAACCACAGAGGCCAUAGAGAUAAUCCUGGCAAGAAGGAUCAGCUGUGAAUCCUGUCCCUGAGAGCCUUCCAAGGACACGGCUCAGGCAUUCUGCAAAUGGACUGUCACUCCCAUUGGAACAUCUGGAAAACCAAAAUGUCUUCGUUUUGGAUUCUUACAACAAAUACGAGCACAAGUUUGCACCACACCUUUUUACACAAGCAAGAUAGCGUUUUGCCUGAAAAUAGUCCAGUGGCUGAGUAACUUAGAGGCACUAGAAGGAACUUCACCUGAAUUGCAAAACCAUCAGAUCAUCCGACCUGUCUUGAAACCCAGCUUUAUCCAUGUAUUUAUACAGUGUCAAUAUAUAUAUUUUUUUUAAAAUCCCAUUUACUGUCGAAUGAGGGAAGACCUGAAUUUCAUUGCUUUUCCCUUUUCCACCUCCAUCCCACCUCACUGGCUGAGCCAGCAGUGUCCAGUAUGGAUAUGGUGAUCCAGCAGUGUCCAGCAUGGCCGUAGUCAUCCAGGAGUGUCCAGCAUGGCUGUGGUGAUCCAGCAGUGUCCAGUAUGGCCAUGGUGAUCCAACAAUGUCCAGUAUGGCCAUGGUGAUCCAGCAGUGUCCAGCAUGGCCAUGGUGAUCCAGCAGUGUCCAGCAGAGCCCAGCAUGGCUAUGGUGAUCCAACAAUGUCCAGUAUGGCCAUGGUGAUCCAGCAGUGUCCAGUAUGGAUAUGGUGAUCCAGCAGUGUCCAGCCUGGCCAUGGUGAUCCAAAAAUGUCCAGUAUGGCCAUGGUGAUCCAACAAUGUCCAGUAUGGCCAUGGUGAUCCAGCAGUGUCCAGCCUGACCAUGGUGAUCCAGCAGUGUCCAGCGUGACCACAGUGAUCCAGCAGUGUCCAGCACUGAUCCAUUCAGUGUCCACUGCUGGUUCCUGCAGGUGCCACGUGAGCCAAGGCAGAGCUGGGCUGACACCUCCAGGGCUGGGUUUGGGGGUCUCCAGCAGCCGCCUCCGAUUUCUCACAGCAAAACCCCCCAAACCUCAAUGUUUACGGUGACAGUACUUGAAGAGCCUGGAUGUUGGGAGAGCAGAUUUUGUUGCUUUUCUGCUGGACGUGCAGUCCUUGGGCACAGGCUCCCUUUGGGUGUCUCCGCCAGCGUUUGCCGCCUCACCCAGGGCCAGGACUUGCAUUUCCACUGGGAAAGGGAGAGAAAUCUCUGCUCCAGGCAAGAGCAAACCUUAACCAGCACCCCUGGGCCAGCCAGCUCUGCUGUCGUGUCUCUGUGUCGGCGUCUCGUUGUUCUCCUCAGUUCCUUGCUGGCCCCCACGGCACACGUUCCUGUGGCCAGUGACAGGCAAAUGUUUGUGAGUGUUAUUUCUUUCAAAGACACCAAAGCUUAUGUGUGUCCCUUUGUAGAGUGCCAGGAGGGGAAGGAAUGCUGUAAAUAUUUCUCUCUGUAGUAAAUAUUGAUACGUGUGCAGGCUGCAGUGGGGAGGGCAGGGAGAGGAGGCCUAAUGGAAAUACAAGAGUUGGCUGCUGGAGCUUGGCAAUGGCAGCAAAAUAAUUCCUGGUGUCUGCCCAGGCAGUGUCACACCAGACUGGGACCUUCGUUUGCAGCCAGAGUGUGUUGAAGAAAAAUCCAUUUCCAUCUCCAUCCCCCUCCUCCACCAUUCCUGCCUGGAGGAGCCCAGCAGGGCUCCCAGGGAGCUGCUGGCUUUCCAUGUCCUGCAGUCCAGCACCAGGGGAGGGGAGAAGCACGUAGAGAAAUACUCAGGAAACUUGGUUUAAUUACCAUUCAGUAAAAGCCAUGCCAAGUCCACUUUUUUUUUGGUAAUCCACUUCUGUGAGUCUCUCUGAAAAGCAGAAAAUGCUGAUGAUAAUAAUCAACCUUGUGCAAUAAGUUCUUGACAUUUACAGCAGCCUGAGCACUGGAUUUACUGAGACAGGGGGAGAGUGGCAGAAACAGAGACUGAAAGGCAGAGCUGUGUUUGCACUGCCUGUUAUCCGAGAGUUCCCUUCCCAGGGAUCCUGCUCCUGCACGGUGAAUCUCAUUUCUGAGGCAAAAAAUGUGCAAAAGUCCUGCUAAAAGUCAGGCACUGCGGAGCCCAGCGCCAGGAACGUCACUGGAGCAGUCCCCAGCCUGGCCUGCUCUUUGCUGCAGGUACCCCAGGGCAUGGCAGAGGGUCAGGCUUUGAAAUCCUGCAGGUUUUUUGCUGGUUCUGUUCCUGCUGUCCACCCUGAUCCACCACACAGCUUAGGUGAGGGAUUGCCCGGUCUGUUCUAGCUGUGCUUGUUGGUUUGGGUUCCACCAAGUUCUCAUGGUACUCUGAAACCCAAAAAGAGCACUCCAAAAAGUUCCUGAACGACUUCCAAACGCUUCCAAAUACCAGUCUGGGGAGUUAUCUCUGCAGGACUCUCAAAACACGAGUACAGCCCAAAGCAAAGGCCUGGCUGUGCCUCACACCUGGCGGUGUCCCUGCCCCACAGCCCUCGUGGUGCUCCUCUCUGCAUCUCUUUGAGAGGCUCUUGUGUAGCUUUUCAUCCUGCUUUCCUCCUCCUGCUCUCUCCCCUCUGACCAGGAGCACCCCCCGAGCCAAGGCUUUGUCAUCCCCCCUCCCCUGUAUUUUCUCAGCAGAAGUGGAGGUCCCCACACGCUCCCUGGAUUCUCUGGGAGAACUUUAAGGAGACAAGGGGACAACUGAGUUCAUCUUCUGUGCUGUGGGACCAUCUGAGCAGCGAGGAAAAAAAAAAAAGGGAAAGCAGCAGGAGCACUUUGCAAACCAAUAAGCUCUUUUACACUUCUGACUGAAUCCUGAAGGAAACAGCAAAAACACCUCGUCCAUCACCUGGAAAAGCUUUGGGAGGAUGGCAGAGGGAACAGCACAGUCCUGGCUGGAGGGGUGGCCUAGAAAUACGUUGCCAAGUAUCUUCUCGUGGUGGUUGACAUUAAUUAUGGAUCUUUACAGGCAAUUAUAUGGAUUGAAGCAACAUAUCCCCCCGGGGCAGAGCGCUGGGAAUCUCUUGCCCUGUUUGCAUCCAACAUUUCCAUUCCUCCUUCGGGAGGAGGAAGCUUCAGAUCUCAAAAUGGCAUUUUCUUCGCACUCGCAGCAAACUGGACUCGAGGGUUGGUCAGGAGGGGGCACUUGCCUUAGAUGAAACGAUUUCACGUCCCUCUCAUUGCCCCCUUCCUCCUGCAAGGCCACGUGGAGUUUGGAGUCUGCAGUUCGCUCCGUUUCAGGUAUUCCGACAUCAAAGUGGGAGACGUCACUUGCCGGGAUCUCUCUGCCUGGUGUCACCGCUUGAAUAAUUCCGUUUAAUCUUCUGCUCAUGAGCUAUCAAAGCACCCACUCCGAGGGGGAGCGAGGUGCUAAUCAAACGCUUCUCCACCUUGAAAGCCUUUAUUAAAGCCCCACACAGGAGAGGGGAGCUGGCAGGCAAGGCUGGCCCCGCUGAGGAGCCGCAGCCACCAAAGCUCAGAGGGUGUGGACAGCCAGUGGUCCACGCUUUGCCAUAAAGGAUGGAUUUAAAGGGAGGCAGGAGGGAUCAGCACGGCCAAAGCGCUGGAAACCCUGUGGAAUCCAGGAUGGGUAUCCCUGGAAACCCUGUGGAAUCCAGCACGGAUAUCCCUGGAAACCCUGGGUAUCCUGUCUGCAGCAGCGAGGACCCACUGUGGGGACCAGAGCUGAGAAACAAAACUGCUGCCACGGCCUGGCUGCAUCCCAGCAGCAUUCCAGGUGUGGAAUUUCAAGAUUUUCCCUGAAGGGUGGCCGUGGGGACAGCGGUGCCUCCCCAGGGCUGGGGCUGUGACACGCUGGGGACGGUGAGCGCAGUGCCAACAGAGACCUUCAUCACAGCAGUGCCUUCCACACUCUGUCUUAAAAUCCUGGUGGUCCAUCCCCACGUCAGUGUUCCCUCCUACCUUCCACUGGACUCCACAAAAAACGUCCCAAUGUAGGAAGCAGUUUGGGUGGGCACGUGGAGGGCAAAGGCGAGAGGGUUUAAGGCUCUGGGGUUGCAUUCUGCACGCUGCUGGCUCCGAGCUCCUGGGGGUGGUUUUGGUGUUCAAGUCUGUGUGGGAAAAGGGUCAGAGCAUCCCCUCCUGCAGUGGGCACAGCCUCCAAGCAAGGUCUCGUUCCCAGAAGUCCCCAGGAGCCAGCAGGGAUGAGGAAGGCCGGGUUGGCACAGGGCAGAGCAGCUCCCAGCACAGCCCCUGUGCUGCUCCAGAGCCUCGAGCUCCUUCCCUGGCAGCAGCCCAGCCACGUUCUGCUGUCACUGGCUGUUCUCCAUCCAGUUUCCUGUGCUGUCAGAGCUCACCUGUCACAGGGACUCAGCUCCCCAAACUAAAUGAAACUAAAAGAGACUGACUUGAAUAAGCUGGGCCAUCAGGGAGAGCUCACGUGUGACUGUGCCCCGGAGAGAAGAAAAAAUGUUCUGAGGAGGGUAAAUAACUGACAUCAAAGAUGUAUUAAAAUGCCACAGAGCUUCAACCAUCCUAUUCCAGAUCCACGUUUGCACCAGGGCAAUAGUGCAGGGAGCUGUGACAUUGUACAGUUGUGUGGAGGAAGAGCUCGGAGCACAGUCCUGUCCUCGGUGCAAACACCCAGCCUGGACCCAAAAGCAGAGACCAGCGGGUCAGAGGCUGAGGGCAAAGCACUGGGGCCAGCUCUGAGGCCACCUGCAUGGGCAGGAUGGUUUGGUUUUACUGAUGAGACAUUCAGUGGGGAAACAAUCAGAGUGAGAGGUGUGUGCACUGCGAGGGCGCCGCUGGGGAUCCGCUGGGCUGAGCAGCCCCAAAGGUGCAGUUUCAGUGCAGCUUGGUCAGGUUGGUUUUUCAGGGGAAGAGGGUGGGAGGUUUUGACCAGUUUUGGCUGUUUGGAAGUCUUUGUUAAAGCCCCUUCACCCUGAAAAUCUCCAGAUUUGGGUGCUGGUCCUGUUCUGGGCAGGGAAAGGAACAGCUGCCGGAGCCCCAGCUGCGGGUGGUGCCUGGUGCCUUCCUGGCUCCUGGAAGAAAACUGGGGGUCUGUGGUGUGAGCCCUGCACCCCAGGGUGCUCUUUGGGGUGCUGGGGUCAGAGAAGGGCAGGUGGAAGGGUGGGGCAGUGUGGGCUGGCAGAGCCCCCCUGCUCCAUGCUGGAAAAGCCACUCCAUCUCUCCAGGGUGUCUGUGCCCGCCUGGCUGAGGUGGCACCAGCGGUGUCGUGGCCGUGCUGUGAGCAUGGCAGUGUCUCUGUGCUUGUUCUUUCAGAUCCCCCUUUGUCCUGUGUUUCCCAUCCCUCUCCUUCCUUUGUGACCGUGGAAUAUAAUCCUGAGAAAAUCGCCCUUUCUGCAGCGUUGAGGAACACGCCCCAAAGGCCCGCCGGGUCCUUCCAGUUGCACGGACAACAUCCCAAAUAUCCCAAACUCCCCGGGCCUCCCAAGGCUGCCAAAUCAAACACCAGAUCUCCUGUAUGGCCUUUCCUUUGGGAUUUUUAAUACCUCUCUUUCGGAUAAGCUUGGAAGUUUAUGCAACAGCUUCUCCAGCCGGCGUUCCCGUCCCGAGGACUGGGCACACAAAGGUGCAGAGGAGCCGUGGGGAGGGCAAAAAGCUGAUUUUGCCACGUUAUUUCAUGGCUUCAGAAGACGCAGUAGAAAGUCCUUGUCUUACUGCUGAGUUUUGGUGUUGAUGGCACCUUGGGGGCCGCUAGGAGAAGCAGCAAGGGGAAGGGAAGGUACAGGUACUAAAACUUCUGGAGUCCCCCCAAAAACAGAAUGUAGAGGUAUCAGCCAUGGAACAGAUUCUGAUUUCUUCUUCCCCUUCUCCUCCUCACAGACCAACCCCCAGCAGUUUUAGGGGAUUUGUGUGUUGGCAGGAACAAGGAAUUUAUUUGUAUCUGUGCCCAUUCCACCGCAUCGUUCUCUGGCUCCUCCCCUCCCCGUUAUACUUGACACACUGGAGUUCUGUAUUAUAUUUUUUUUUAAGAUGAUUGUCUGUUUUUUGUUGUUUUUACAAGUGUUGUGGAAAAAAAAAUGUAAGAAAGUUUAAGUAUUUAAAAAUGUUCCAAGGAAAUAAAAGGGGGUUUUGUUAUUAUUCUAAUAUAUUAUUGUGUACCUAUUGUAAAUAUGAAACACUCCUAUUUUGCAAGCCAAGGACUCACUUUGUACUGUUGUUAUAUAUAAAUAAAGUUUACUGGUUAAAAAAACC